CCGACAGCCACAGCGCCGCCGCCGCCUCUGCAGCUCCAGCGCAGAAGACACACAGACAGGCAGAGGCAGCAGAGGCGAACAUGUCGUGGGUGCCGCCGGAUUUGGCGUCGCUGUGUCGACCGCACACGACCGUCUCCACGUGCCUGCCGCCCGCCUACAUGUUCCUGGCCGCCGUCGCCUACAUGCUGGGCCGCAGCAGGGACGACCCGGCGCAGCACGGCCAGACCCUGGCGCCGCCCUACUUCACGCAGUUCGCGGGGGGCGGCGGGGGCGGCAAGCAGCCCGAGGAGCGCUUCGACUUCAUCGUGGUGGGCGCCGGGUCGGCCGGUUGCGUGCUCGCCAACAGGCUCAGCGAGGUCAAGGAGUGGCGGGUGCUGCUGCUGGAGGCGGGCGUCGAGGAGCCGGAGGUGGCGGAGGUGCCGGCGAUGGCGCCGCUGCUGCAGAACAGCAACCUGGACUGGCGCUACCGCACGCAGCCGGACGGGCGCGCGUGCAAGGCACGCCGCGGCCGUUCCUGCGGCUGGGCGCGCGGCAAGGUCAUGGGCGGCUCCUCCGCCAUCAACUACAUGAUCUACGCGCGCGGACACCCCAGGGACUACGACGAGUGGGAGCAGAAGGGCAACGACGGCUGGGGCUACCAGAGCGUGCUGCCGUACUUCAAGAAGUCCGAGGACAACGAGGACGAGGAGAUCGUGAAGAAGAGCCCGGGCUUCCACGGGCGCGGCGGCUACCAGACGGUGGAGUGGUUCCCGUACCAGGACGAGAACGUGGCGCCGCUGAUCGAGGCGUGGCGCGAGCUGGGCUUCCCCGUGACGGACGUGAACGGCGCGCGCCAGCUGGGCGUGGCGCUGCUGCAGGCCACGUCUCGCCACGGCCGCCGCCUCAGCGCCAACGCCGCCUACGUGCGCCCGGUGCGCGCGCGCCGCCCCAACCUGACCGUGCUGACGCAGGCGCACGUCACCCGCCUGCUGCUCGACCCCGCCACCAAGCGCGCGCUCGGCGUCGAGUUCCUCCUGCAGGGCGCCCACGCGCUCUCCACCGUACUCGCCGACAAGGAGGUGAUCCUGUCGGCUGGCGCCAUCAACUCGCCGAAGAUCCUGAUGUUGUCGGGCGUGGGCCCCAAGCAGCACCUGUCCGCGCUCGGCAUCCCCGUGGUGUCCGACCUGCCGGUGGGGCGCAACCUGCAGGACCACGUGACCACGGACGGGCUGGUGCUCGUCGUGCCGCGCACCAACACGUCGGCCUCGGGCAACAAGCAGCGCGUCGCCGACAUCCGCAGGCACCAGCACCACGGCGACGGCCCGCUCGCCUCCACCGGGCCCCUCCAGGUGGGGGUGUUCGCGCAGUCGCAGUUCGAGGAGGAGCACGACCGGCCCGACCUGCAGUACUCGUUCGACGCGGCCAACGUGGCGGACCUGCUGCGCGACCCGGCCGAGGCGGUCGAGACGAACGUGGAGCCGCUGGCCUACUACGACGGCGUGACGGUGCGGCCCAUCCUGCUGGCGCCGCGCUCCCGGGGCGCCGUGCUGCUCAACCAGUCGGACCCCGUGUGGGGCGCGCCGGAGAUCCACUCCGGCUACUUCAGCGAGUCGCCCGACCUCGACAUCCUGGUGGCCGGCAUGCAGCUGGGCUCGCGGAUGGCCGAGACGAAGGCGAUGCAGCACAUCGGGGCGUACGUGCUGGGCAACCCGAUGCCGGCGUGCGCGGACCGGGCCUUCGGCUCGGACCAGUACUGGCGGUGCGUGAUCCGCCACUACACGGCCACCAUCUUCCACCCGGUGGGCACGUGCGCCAUGGGCCCCCACUGGGACCGCAACGCCGUCGUGGACCCGCGGCUGCGCGUCUACGGCGUGCACCGGCUGCGCGUCGUCGACGCCUCCGUCAUGCCGACCAUCGUGCGCGGCAACACCAACGCGCCCGUCAUCAUGAUCGCCGAGAAGGCCGCCGACAUGGUCAAGCACGACUGGCUGUCCACCGAAGGAGCGCCGUGCGUGACGAACGCGACUCCGGCUGAGGGGGGCGGCGGCGGCGGCGGCGGCGGCGGCCGUGCUGGAGGCGGCUGUGAAAGCCGCGCCGGGGGCGGAAGUUUUGUUCAUGUUGCUUCGCACCAAGAGAUGAUUCGUAGACAUCGGCAGUUCCGCAUUGUGAGAACGCUGGCAGAAGUCAUGGAAUUGCAGGCCACCAGCUGCAAGGAGCGCACGGCCGGCCACAGCACAUCACCUGCUGGGCUAACGGUGCCAAACGCGACGGGCUGCCCGGCGGCCGUGCUGGGGCUGGCCGCCGUCUUCAUGGCGCUGGUGGACGCCGCCGUCGCCAGGAACGUGACGGGCAGCGAGCGCGCCGCGCGACGCCGGCCCCCGGCCGCGCCCGCGCCGCCCCCGGACGCCCCCUACGACUUCAUCAUCGUGGGCGGCGGCACCGCCGGCUGCGUGCUCGCCAACCGCCUCUCCGAGGUGCCUGACUGGAAGGUGCUGGUGCUGGAGGCUGGAGGCGAGGAGCCGUACGAGGCGCUGGUGCCGCCGUUCGCGCCGCUGCUGGAGAACACGUCGGACUGGGGGCUGCGCAGCGCCGGGGGCGGCCGCGCGUGCGGCGGGGGCGGCUGCGCCUGGCCGCGGGGGCGGGGGCUCGGCGGCUCCAGCGUGCUGGGCGCCGGCAUGUACGCGCGCGGCUUCCCGCAGGACUACGACCGCUGGGCAGAGCACGGCAACCCCGGCUGGGGCUACGAGGACGCGCUCAAGUACUUCCUGCGCUCCGAGGACAACCUGGACGCCGACGUGGCCGCCGACGGCCGCCACCACGCCAGGGGCGGCCCGCUGCCCGUGCAGAGGUACCCGUUCGCGGACGACAACGCGCGCGCCCUGGUAUCGGCGUUCCGGGAGCUGGGGCUGCAGGAGGUGGACGCGGCGGGCGCCGCCCCCGAGGGCGUGGCCAUCACGCAGGCGGCCAGCCGGGACGGGGAGCGCGCCAGCGCCAACACCGCCUUCCUGCGGGCCGCGCGCGCCAGGCCCAACCUCACAGUCCGCACCGGCGCCACCGUCACCAAGGUGGACAUCGACGCGGCCAGCCUGCGCGCCACCGGCGUGCGCUACGUGCUGGCCGGCUCCAACGCGACGCUGCGCGCGCGCGCCUCCCGUGACGUCAUCCUGAGCGCGGGGGCGGUGGCCAGCCCGCAGCUGCUCAUGCUGUCCGGCGUGGGGCCCAGCGAGUGGCUGCGUCCGCUCGGCAUUCCCGUGCUCCGGGACCUCAGCGUCGGCUACAACCUGCAGGACCUGGUGAGCUCCGGCGGCGUGACGCUGGUGCUGGGGCAGACCGCGACGGCGCCGCGCCAACCCCGCCAGCAGCUGGUCGACCUGGCCAGGUACAUCCAGCUGGGCAACGGGCCGCUCUCCGCCACCGGCGUCCACCAGGUGACGGCGUUCAUGCGGUCGCAGUACGCGAAGCUGCCGCAGCACUACCCGGACAUCCAGUUCCUGUUCGAGUCCGAGCUGGUGCCGGCGAACGGCUCGGCCGGCGCGCCGCAGGCGGCUGCCGCGGCCAACGCGUCCUGCUUCAGCGCCGCCAUCGACAACGCGACGCGGGCUCUGGAGGCGCGGCUCAACGCCACGGCGCAGCCGCUGGCCUACUACAACCGCAUCGUGGUGCGGCCGGCGGUGUUGCGGCCGCGCAGCCGCGGCAUCGUCAGGAUCAACACGACGGACCCGCUGCGCCCGCCGCAGAUCUUCCCCGGCUACUUCUCGGAGCGGCGCGACCUCUACGUGCUGAUCGAGGCGCUGCUGGUGGGGGCGCGGCUGUCGCAGACGCGCGCGCUGCGCAGCCUUGGGGUCGCGCUCGACCCCACGCCGCUGCCGCGCUGCCGCAGCUUCCUGUUCGGCUCGUUCGCCUACUGGCAGUGCGUGGCGCUGCAGUACACGAGGACGAUGCACCACCCGGCGGGCACGUGCAAGAUGGGCGCCGACUUCGACCCCAACGCCGUCGUGGACGCCGAGCUGCGCGUGCGCGGCGUGCAGGGGCUGCGCGUCGUCGACGCCUCCGUCAUGCCGUUCGUCGUCAGCGCCGCCUCCAGCGCGCCCGUCGUCAUGAUCGCCGAGAAGGCGGCCGACAUGAUCAAGCGCCGCUGGCUCUGGCUGGACAACUCGACGCUCGUCAACACCACGGCGGCCAACGCGACGGCGGACGUGCCCGCGAUGCCCAAGAGGGUGCCGCCCAAGAACGCCACCGGGAGGCCCACAAGCAGUGGCAAGAUGGUGCCAAACCUGCUGGGUAUGGUGACUCCAAUGCCUUCGGGUGGUAACAAAACUGCCGGAGACAAGGACACUUCCAAAAAUGAAGUCAAGGAAUCUACAAUGUGGUGGCCCUUCUCCAACAUACCUUGGCAGAAACUGAAAAUAUGGUGAAGUUUCGUCGUUCUCGCACCAUUGAUGUAUUCCUUGACAAGAAAACUGUAACCGAAUCACCAUAUUACAUACAGACAAUGCGUUAUGUAUCGAUGCUCGGGAAAGUCGUUCGACGCAAGUACGUUCUUGAACGUCAUUACAUAUUUCAGAACUCAGGGAUGCAUGCUGUCCGAACGGAACCAAUUUCCGCCGAUCACCUCAACAACAAAGUGUACGAAACGGCUGUAUCAGACAGAGGAAUGUCGUUGCUCACGUACGCGUACAGUCGGUGCAAUCCAAUCCACAGUGGGAGACGCCCCAUUCAAUGGUAGCACAGGUGAUCAGUACAGGGAAGAUGACUACCUCCGUGCACGUUGUAUUUAAUCUGAUUACAUCUUUGUGGACUCUGUGAAGCAAUAUUUGGGUAAUAAUGUUCACACAUUCCAUCUAGAAAAGAAGAUCCCGGAAUUUAUAAUUAAUGCCUUCGUGAGGAACUAGACAUCUUUCACAACUGUCUGCUACUUCACAUUUUGUAUCAUCUCCCCUACACUGUCCAAGCUUCUCAUUCGUUCUGUUGGCUGACUUUGUAGAAGAUUUAUUUCUCUUUUCAGUACAUAUAAUUCAGAUUCCACACACCUGAACAAUAUUCACAGCAUACACCAUGCAAGUGUUUUAUACUAAAUCUCGGUAGUUGGAUUUACCUUCAACUGCGCCUACGUGUUUGAUCUUCUUCAUAAACGCGAACAUUUCUAACUCCCGCGUUUUUAGAAUAACAUAAUUUACUUAAGUUGUGCUUGUUGUUGUUGCUGUUGUACUAUCUUCAGUUCGAAGAAUGGUUUUAUGCAGUUCUCCAUGCUACUCUAUCUAUGAGCUCUGGCUCAAUCUCCGAACAAAUACUGCAACCUACAUCCUUAUGAGUCUGCUCAUUGUCUCUUGGUCUCCCCGUACGAAUUUUCUCCCCACACUCCCCUCCAAUAGUAAGUUGGUAUCCCUUGAUGUCUCAGAAUGUGCCCUACCAACCGAUUCCUUCUUUUGCUCAAAUUGCGUUACAAAUUUCUUUUCUCCUCUGUUCUAUACAGUACCUCCUGAUUAAUUGCGUGAUCAACCCAUCGAGUCUUUAUUUUUCUGUUGCACCACAUUUCAAAGGCUUCUAUUCUGUUUUCGUCUAAAUUGUUUAUGUCCACGUUUCACUUUCAUACAUGGCUACAUGCCUAGACAAGUAGUUCAAGAAAAGAUUUCCUAAUACUUACAUCUGUAUUCGAUGUUAAUAAAUUUCUCUUCUUCAGAAAUGCUUUUCUUGCCGUUGGCAGUGUACAUUCUAUAUAUUCUCUACUUUAGCCAUGACCAGUUGUUUUUCUGCCUAAAUAGCAAGAUUCAUCUACUACUUUCAAUGCCUCAUUUCCCAAUUUCAUUCCCUCAGCGUUACCUAGUUUAAUUCGACUACAUUUCUUUAUCGUUGUUUUACUUUUACUGAUGUUAUCUUAUGUGCUUUGAAGACAAUCUUCCCUCAACUGCUCUUCCAAGUCCUCUGCUGUCUCCUACAGAAUUACAAUGUCAUCGACAAACCUCAAAGUUUUUAUAGCUUUUCCCUUUUCCUACUCCAAUUUCUUCUUUGGGUUCC